AAGUCCCAGUCUAUCUAGACCUUGACGAACUUGACAGCUAUCCAACCCCCUCCAUAGUCAAGAAGGAGGCUCCUGCUGCUACUAGCUCCAAGCCACUCCCAGCUCCCAAGGCCAACCCAAGGACUCGUGCUUCCACGGCGAAAAAGAGGAAAGGCCUUGAAGUCAGCGCUCCAAGCUCAGAAGGGUUCUCCUAUGACGAGCUCAGCUUCACCGAUUCCUUAGAGCCAAUGACAUCCUUCCUCAACAAGGGCCUCCAGCAUUUGCUCCACUUGUACAACGAUGCAUGUGGUACCGUCGCCCUUCAUGAAGCCAGGAUCAAACAGCUCGAAAGCACCGUUGCUGACCAAGGUGCCAUUGCUGAAGUGAAGAGCCGGCACUAUGAGGAUAAGCUGAAAAAGGUCACCCAGGAUGCUGAGCUCAAAUUGGCCACCAUGCAAAUGGAUCACGAUCAGGCCAUGAUCAAUUUCCGGGAAAGAAUCAAGACUUCCGCUAUUGUCUCCCUGUUACAAGCACGCAUCAAGAUGGCCUAUGAGGCCAAGGAGACAGGUCUUGUUUGCCCAUCCUGGCCAAUUGAAUCCUGGGUAGCCAAGCUGAAGGAGCUCGGAGGCAAGGCUGUGCCACUCCCAUCUGAAGCCGGUGAAUCUUCCAAGUCAGCAGGGGUGGCGGAUCAGGCUGGAGACAAGAAGGAUGCUGGAGCGGAUGCUGGUGAGGAUGCUGGACAGGAUGCUGGAGAGGAUGCCGGUGCUGAGAAGCCGGGGAAAGCAGGAGAGGAUGCCGCUGUGUGAGGGUAGCUGAGUGGGCGAUGAUGGAUAUUGAUGCCUAGGCCGGAGCCUACUUUUUUUUAGGUUUGAUGGUUGAUGUCCUGAACAAUUUACUUUUCUUGUCUGUUGAACAAUUUUAAUUUCCUACACGUAGACAAUAUGAUGGCCAAAGGUGGAGGGAUCCUGAGUUUCAGGACGAAGCCCUUGGUCAUCAGUUAAUAUGGUUUGUUUUGAACACUUUUAACAAGUGAAUGUGGAGGUAUCUUGGGUUCCAAGACGAAGCCUUCAUUUGUUAAGUAAAUAUG